UGUGACGUCAUAGUGCUGCGCCGCGAGUUGUUUGUUUUUGAGCGCUUCUCUACAACGAUACAGCCGUUAUUGCACAUGUGAAAUGAAUGUAGAUUAUGAGCUUAUGUAAUAUUUUAAUGGUUUGAAGUGCUGUUAUUAAGUUUCUCGUAUAUGGCGUAACAUUUCGGAGUGUUACUGAGUAAAGCACAUCCACAUGUAAGCAACAGAGAUUUACUUUGCUUUUCUUCUCAUUUCUGUUGAUCUUUAUAAUUGGAAUCUCAAACAUGACAAAGACACCUUUCGAUUUUAAAGAUGGAGUUUAUGAAAGUAGAGAGUGAAGACACGAGAGUAACAGAAGCAUGCAGAGUGAAAAAUGAAGAUACUGUGGAACAAAGAGACCUGAUGGAGUUGAAAGAGGAAAGUCAAGAACUGAAUGAAGUGGAGGAGAAACAUCAGUACCAGGAACCUGAUAAUGUCUCAGCUGGAGAAAAAUCUUUUCUCCGAUUCAUUCAGAAUGAAAGUUAUAUCUCACAGAUAUUUACAAGAGCCAAAAAUCCUAUCAUAUGCCCUCAGUGUGGAAAGAAUUUCACAAAAAGAGGAACCCUUAAGAUUCACAUGAGAAUUCACACUGGAGAGAGGCCUUUUAAAUGCACUCAGUGUGGAAGGAGUUUCAGCCAUCCAUCAAACUUUAGGAUUCACAUGAGAGCUCACACCGGAGAGAAGCCUUUCGCAUGCCCUCUGUGUGGAAAGAGUUACACGGACAAAACAAACUUUGAGAUUCACGUAAGAGCUCACUGUGGAGAGAAGCCUUUCACAUGCCAGCUGUGUGGAUUGAGUUACGCGGACAAAACAAACUUUCAGAUUCACAUGAGAAUUCACUCUGGAGAGAAGCCUUACACUUGCCAGCAGUGUGAAAAGAGUUAUGCACACAAAAAAAGUCUUCAUGUUCACUUGAGAACUCAUUCUGGACAGAAGCCUUUCACAUGCCAGCAGUGUGGAUUGAGUUAUGCGGACAAAACAAACUUUCAGAUUCACAUGAGAAUUCACUCUGGAGAGAAGCCUUACACUUGCCAACAGUGUGAAAAGAGUUAUGCACACAAAAAAAGCCUUCAUGUUCACUUGAGAACUCAUUCUGGACAGAAGCCUUUCACAUGCCAGCAGUGUGAAAAGAGUUAUGCACACAAAAAAAGCCUUCAUGUUCACAUGAGAACUCACUCUGGAGAGAAGCCUUUCACAUGCCAGCAAUGUGAAAAGAGUUUCACACGUAACGGAGACCUGAAGAAGCAUCUAAAGUCUCACACUGGAGAAAAGCCUUACACUUGCACUCAGUGUGGAAAGAGUUUCACACGUAACGGAGACCUGAAAAAGCACAUAAGGAUUCACACAGGAGAGAAGCCUUACACUUGCCCUCAGUGUGGAAAGAGUUUCACUUUACCAGAUUACCUCAAGAGUCACAUAAGAAUUCACACAGGAAAAACUCCCGGUGUAAAAACGGAAAAGAUGGAUAUUAUUAAAGUGAAGAGCGAAGACACGAGCGGUCCAGAACAAUGGAGAGUGAAAAAUGAAGAAACCGAGGUACAAAUAGACUUGAUGGCAGUGAAAGAGGAAAAUCAAGAACUGAAUGAAGUGGAGGAGAAACAUCAGUAUCAGGAACCUGAUAAUGUCACAACUGGACAAAAAUCUUUUAGUUGUUCACAGACUAAAAUUAAUUUUCUACAUAAAAGACAAGCCAGAAAACCUUAUACCUGCCCUCAGUGUGGAAAAAGUUUCACACGUAAAAUAACCCUUCAGCAUCACUUAGUAAUAAUUCACACUGGCAAGAGACCUUUCACAUGUGAUCAGUGUGGAAAGAGUUUCAAACAAAUUGGACAUCUUAAGAUUCACACAAGAAUUCACACUGGAGAGAGGCCUUACACAUGCCUUCAGUGUGGGAAGAGUUUCAUACAUCUGGAAAGCCUAAAAAGUCAUAGGAAAAUUCAUUCUGGAGAGAAAUCGUACCAAUGUUCUGAGUGUGGCAAGAGAUUUGCAGACUCAUGGAAUAUGAAAAAUCAUCAGCGCUCUCACUCGGGAGAAAGGCCAUUUUACUGCGAUCAUUGCGGUAAAACAUUCAUUUUGUCAUCGCAUUUAAAGAGACACUUGAAACUUCAUGCAGAUGAGAAGCCUUACUUGUGUUCCUUUUGUGGGAAGAGUUUUGUAUGGCUGGACUGUUUUAAAGAGCAUCAGUUAAUGCAUAUCGGUGUUAGAGCUCAUGUGUGCUCUGAAUGUGGGAAAGCAUUUACUACAUCAAGUUACUUAAAAGUGCACCGAAGAGUUCAUACUGGAGAGAAACCUUACAAGUGUUCAUACUGUGAAAAGAAUUUCACUCAGUCUUCAGGCCUGAAAGCACAUGAAAGAGUGCAUACUGGAGAGAGGCCGUACCUCUGCCCUUCAUGUGGGAAGACUUUCAUCCGAAAUGGUCAUCUAAGAGAACACUUAAAAAAGGCUUGCCAAAAGUUGUCACCUAGGUCCUCGUGGUGGCACGGUUACUCACCUCAAUCCGGGUGGCGGAGGACACGUCUCAGUCAUAUCACGUGGCUCGCCAUGCAUGACACUGCAGAGACUCACAGCAUUGAGAGCGAGAACCCCUAAUCUCGACCACGUAAUGGCGCCGCCCAUGGAGAAGUCAGGAAAAAGGAAUUGUUGGAGUGAUUGGAACCAGGUGAUUUUCAGUCACCCUCUGGCACCAGAAGAGUCCUGUUAGUUUUACAAUUACCUUUGACCCUUUUACUAUUAUCUGCUGACCAAUUGAGACUUUGUGGUUCCAGAUAAUCAGUGUUAUGUUUCUAAAACGUAGAUCAACAGUUCAACAUAAUUGGACAUUUCUAGAAUGAUGUGUAAUGUUCACCUAUCAGAACUCUGUACUUAUAAGAGAUGAUGUAAAUUCAUUUGCAUAUGCCUAUAAUUACUGUUGUUUCGAUAAUCUGAGUUAGUUUCGAGGUUAGAUCCUCAACUCAUUUUCUGUUUCUGUCUGUUGCUUUUGGAAAUGUGGAAAACUUUGUCUUCAGUAAACUCUCUUUCUAUUGAUUGAAACUUCAA